AUGGCUGAUGCUUAUGCAGAGCACGUAGCAGCAGCAGUAGCUGCAGAACCCGGAGUAGCAGAGCAAGCUGAGCAGCAGCAGGAGCAGCAGCAGGAGCAGCAGCAGGAGCAGCAGCCAGAGCAGCAGCAGGAGCAGCAGGGGGAGCAGGAGCAGCAGCAGCAGCAGCAGCAGGAGUUGCAGCAAGUGCAGCAAGAGCCGCAGGCUCUUGUGCUGUUUUUAUGGCAGCGAAGGGUAGGCACAGUGCUGCUGCUGCCGCUGCUGCUGCAGCAAUACGUGGCGCCGCUGCUGCAGCAGCAAGACAAAGAGCUGCUGUCACUACACAGCGCCGCCUUCCGCCCGCGCGCGUUCCUGCUGCAGAAGCCCGCGCCGCUGCAGCAGCAGCAGCGGCAGGACCGGGCGUCGAAGCGCCAGCAGCAGCAGCAGCAACUGCAGCAGCAGCAGCAGCUGCUGCUGCAACAGCAGCAGCAGCAGCACCAGCAGUCCGUUGCCUCCCAGUUUUUCAAAGGGUCCAUCUGUCUCAGCUGCAGGUACAUCUCUUCUACAGGCAGCCGCUCCCGAGUUGCUGCUCUUGGCGCUUUGCUGCAGCUGCUGCGGCCGCUGCUGCAGCUGCUUGCUGCAGCGCGGCGAGAGCGUGCGGCGCUGCAGCAGCAGCGGCUGCAGCAGCAGGAGGAAGCUGCCACGGGAGCAGCAGAAGCAUCAGCAGCAGAGCCCCUGCAGGAUGCUGUUGCUGCUGCUUCAGAAGGCCUCGAGGGUUUGCUGCUGCCCCACGCCAAUUCGCUGCUGGAGUCCCUCAUUGCUUCCGCGGUUCUCCAUCCACCGCAGUGUCUGUGCAGCAGCAGCAGCAGCAGCAGCAGCAGCAGCAGCAGCGGCAGUAGCACUGGCGACACCGACGACGCUGACAGCAGCAGCAGCAGCAGCAGCAUUGACGUGACCACCUCCAUGAAGCCCUUGUGCCAUGCGCUGCUGCUGCAGUUUUCUGCUGCUGUUGGGGUGCAGCCGCUGCUGCAGCUUCUGCUGCAGAGGCUGCAGCAGCCGCUAGAGCCGCAGGGUGAGUUGCUGCAGCAGCUAGCGGCGACGGAUGCAGCAGCAGCAGCAGCAGCAGCAGACGGAGGAAAACACAUGCUUGAGACCGAAGCAACGCUGUGGCUGCUGCUGCAGCUUCUCGCCAACCCUGAGGCGAAGCAGCAUAUUCCGCCACUGCUAGAAGAUGCAGCGAUGCAGCUGCUGCUGCUUCGGCAGCAGCAGCAGCAGCAGCAGCAGCAGCAGGAACAGCAGCAGGCGUGCAGCACGUGCGGCAGCUCGGGAAGCGCUGCAGCUUGUUGGGCUGCUCGGGCGUCGUUUGUUGCUGCUCUCGUAGCAUCCCCACCUCCUCCAAGAACAGCAGCAGAAGCAGCAGCAGCAGCAGCAGCAGCAAAACCAGCAGCAGCAACGGCUGCAGCAGCAGAAGCGGACCAUCUGUUCCGUCGGCUGGAGCUCGCAGCAGGAUGGACAGGUGAACUAGGGAGAGUUCUUAUGUCAACGCGCAGCAGCUGCAGCUUCUGCUCCGCCAGCAGCAGCAGGGAGACGCAGCAGCAGCAGCAGCAGCAGCAGCAGCGGCACCUUGGUUUCUCGCUGCUGCGCCGCAUGUCUGUUGCGGUUCUGCAGCUGCUGCUCUCUGUUGAGGCGCUGCUGCAGCGCCAGGUUGUUGCAGCAGAGACUUGCCUAGGGGACCCAGCAGCAGCAGCAGCUGCUGCAGCAGCCCUUAGCAAGAGCGCUGCUUUGCUGCAGCUGCUGCAGGGACUGCCUCAGGUGUCUCCUGCUGCUGCUGCUUGUUUGCCAGCCAGCUGCUGCUCUGUGCCUUUGCUGCGGGCCUUUCUCUCUAUUGUUUGUCUGCUCUCUCGGCUGCUGCAGCUGCUGCAGGAUCAUUUGCAGCAACGCGGCGGUUUGGGAGCAGCAGCAGCAGCAGCAGCUGCUGCAGCAGCAGAACAGGCAGCUGCAGGGGAGGCACGGCCCAUGAGUGCAGCGCAGCUAGCCGAGCUUGCUGCAGCAGCAAGCGAGCAGCUUAGCUGCUGCAGCAAGUGGAUCUUGGCACAAGACUUCGGCGCGCGACUGAGCACAGAUCCACUUGCUGCUGCUGCUGCUGCUGAGGGCGCUGCUGCUGCUGCUGCUGAGGUGUCUAGACACCUUAGUGAGCAGCACACCACAGUUGCUGUGCGGCAGUUUCUCAUGGUGGCUUCUUUUUGCUGCUGCUUCCCUCGGCAGCUGCCGCUGGCGCCGCUGCAGCAGCUCAAGCAGGAGCAGCAGCAGCAGGAAUUGAGUGAAGAGCAGCAACAGCAGCAAGAGCAGCAGCAGCAGCAGCAGCAGCUGUCACCACUUGAUGCCCUUUCGCUGCGAGGCCUAAACGCAGCGCUGCAGAAAGAAACGCCGAAGCUGCAGCAGCUCAUGCAGCUCCUCCCGGAGUCCCGCUGCAAAACAGACAGAAGCAGCAGCAGCAGCAGCAGCAGCAGCAGCAGAGGCAGCAGCAGCAGCAGCAGAGUAUCUUUACUAGUGCUGGCCCUGCUGGAGCACUGCAGCGCCGCAGUUUGUGCUGCAGCUCCUCUAAGCGCUCAGAGCAUGCAGCAGGCUAGAGAUCUGCUGCUGCAGCUGCUGCUGCUGCUGUCGCUGCUCUGCAGCUGCCACCACGCGAAGCAGCGCAGCAAGCACGAGGCGGCGGCGCAGUGCGGCAGUCGCAGCAGCAGCAGCAGCAGCAGCAGCGUGUCGGAAACUAGCAGAGGCAGCAGCAGCAGCAGCAAUGCAAGGACCUGCGGCUUGCUGCAGCUCGACACGCACAAGUGGAUAUACAAGGUGCUGCUGCCGCUGCUGCGGUGUCUUUCGACCUCGCAGCAGCACUCAGAGGAGGCGCUGUCUGCGCUGCUGCAGCUGCUGCUGCUGCUGCUGCAGCAUGCCCUUAUAGGGGCCCCCAGUGCUCGCAUGCAAGAAGCAGCUUCUGAGCGUCGGCGGCACCCUAAGAAGUCCCACGGUGUUGCGGGGUCUAUAAUGGUGAAAACAGGCAGCAGCAGCAGCAGCAGCAGCACAGCAGCAGCAGCAGCAGCAGCUGCAGUCGGGGCCACGUGCAUAGGGGGUGACCCAGCUGUUGUUGCUGCAGUUGUCAGCUUCCUCUCGCAGCAGCAGCUGCUGCUGAGGUCUCUUUUUCAGUGUUUCUGCAGCUGCUUCGCGCUGCCGCUGCCGUGUCUGCUGCUGAUGCGGCAGCAGCAGAGCCAGCAGCUGCUGCAGCAGUUGCUGCUGCUCACGCUGCAGCACAUUGUCCCAGCAGCAGUUUUGCUUUUGAAGCAAGAGCAGACUGCGGCAGCAGCAGCUGCAGCCGCCGCCCCAGCGGCAGUGUUGACAGCUCCAGCAGCGCCCUCAGCAGCAGCAGCAGCAGCAGCAGCAGCAGCAGCAGCAGCACCUGCAGCAGCAGCAGCAAACUCGUGGGCGCACCCGUUGCUGCUGUCAGCCCUUCGCUUCCUAUUGGCCCUUGCGCGGGUCUCUAGAGGGGAGCUGCUGCAGACAGCAGACGGGGGCUCUCCGCCUCUUGUUGCUGCAUUUCGCCUGCGGCGAGUCCAGGCGCAGCAGCAGCAGCAGCAGCAGCAGCAGCAGCAGCAGCAGAAGCGGGCGAAGGUUGUGGGGCUUCCAAGCGGGGCCUCCUCCACAGCGCCAGCCGCAGCAGCAACAACGCCAGCAGCAGCAGCCCACCGUGCAGCAUACGACGCAGCGCCUCCGGCAGCAGCAGGGGCCUGUGCAGCAGCAGCAGCAGCAGCAGCAGCAGCAAGGGAGGCAGCAGAUGUGGAGCUCACAGGGCUGCCAGCGGAGGAGAGAGACAGCCUCCAAAGUAAGUUUCAGCGAGUGCUGCGCUGCUGCGCUGCAGCAGCAACGCGGCUGCUGCUGCGGCAAUGCGACUAUUCUUUGCUGCUGCUGCUGAAGACCCACGCAAUGCGACAGCUGGGCUUACCUGCUGCUGCUGCAUGCAGCAAAAGUGUAUUUUUGGCUGCAGCAGAUGACAGCAGCAGCGCAGCAGCAGCAGCAGCAGCAGCAGCAGCUGCUGCUGCUGCUGCAGCGCAGGUGCCGGGGGUCAAGGAUGAGCCUACAGAAGGAGCAAGCGCGUCGCAGCAGAAGCUGCAGUCGCAGCAGCUGCAGCAGCAGCUGCAGCAGCUGCAGCAGCUGCAGCAGCUGCAGCGCAUACAGAAGCAGCUUCUCUCCGGCUCACAACGCAGGGCCACUUGCGCAGAGCUGCUGCUGCACUGGGCAGCAGCGCUGCUGUGGGGCAACACUGGCUGCCUGCGCUGCAGCGGGAUCUCGCCGUGCUGGGGCCAUGCUGCAGCAGUGCGUGCUGCAGAGCAGCAGCAGCAGCAGCAGCAGCAGCAGCAGCAGCAGGGGCUGCUGCUGCCGCAUAGUGAGCAGCAAAAGGGCGACGCUUGGGACUGUGCGGUAGGCGCUUGCAGCAGUGGACAGAGGCUUCUCGACGGCCCUUCAGCAGCAGCAGCUGCUGCUGCUGCGAAGCAGCAGCAGCAAGCCGAAAGGCUGUGCUGGCAGCUGCUGGGGACGCUGCUGCUGCCAGCUGCAGCAACAGCAAGGGAAGUGCCCACGGUGCUGGGCGUUGAAGAGAAUAUGAUGCAGCAGUUUAUCCUGGAAGCAGCAGAAGGCAGCAACGGCAACAGCAACUGCAGCAGCAGCAACAGUAACAGCAGCAGCACCAGUAGCAGCAGCAGCAGCAACAGCAGCAGCAACAGCAGCAGCAGCAGCAGACUUCCAACCUGCAGCUUGCAGCCCAUCACCUCAGUCCCAGCACUAGGGCUCUCCAGCUCUUGGAGCAUUAUUGCUUCUUUGCAUUUGCUGCUGGGGGUUUCGCUGCCGGCCGAGGCCACGGCAGUUGCUGCUGCGUGUACUAGCAGCAGCAGCAGCAGCAGCAGCAGCAGCAGCAGCGGCAGCAGCGAUGGGGCUGGAGAAGACGUACCAGCAGCACCAGAGGCAGCGUUGGUGAAGACAGACAACAGCAGCAACAGCAACUGCAGCAGCAGCAGCAGCUCCACCUGCUGCUGCUGCUGCAUGCAGCCCUUGCGUGAAGACUGCUGCCGCGUAUCGGGCGGCCCAGCAGCUUCUCGCUGCUGCCCGUGGGCGUGGCUGCUUCGCGAGUCGAUGCAACCGCAGCAGCAGCAGCAGCAGCAGCAGCAGCAAGGCAGCAGCUGGUGCUGCUCCUGUGCUGCUGUGGUUUGGUAUGCGCGGCUGCUGGUCAACACUGCUGCUUCCUACCCUGCAGCAAUUAGCUUCCUGUCGAGCUGCAGCAGCUCGCGGGGUGUGCACACAAUUCUGGGUCCCUACUGGUUGAGCAGCAACAGCAGCAGCAGCUGCUGCUGCAGCAGCAGCGCGGUGGCGCAGCAGGAAGCAGCUGCGCCCGCUGCGCUGCAUGCGCCCCCGUUGCUGCUGCUGCACCCCUUCCAAGAGCUGCUGUGUGCGGCGAGCCAGGAGCAGCAGCUGGCAGCCCCUUUGCAGCAGCAGCAGCAGCAGCAGCAGCAGCCGUGGCAGCAGCAGCAGCAGGUGUCGCUGCCGCUGGCUUCGCAGCAGCAGCAGCAGCUGCAGCUGCAUGCACUGCCCACAGCAGCGCUUCCCCCCAUAGUUCUGGCCGCAGAAGAGCUGGCGCAGCAGCUGCUGUUUAUUUGCACGGAGCAGCAGCGGCUGCUGCAGCAGCAAGGCCCCGUGCUGCUGUCAGUGCUGCGGGCCAGGCUGCCUGCUGCUGAUUUGCUGCGGCUUGCAGCUGCGCUGCAGCAGCGCGACUGGGCCGAGCAGCAGGCGCUGGACCGGGACACAGCAGCAGCAGCAGCGCGCCUGCCGCAGCAGCAAAGUCUGCUGCUGCAGAUUGCUGCAGCGCAGCAAAAGGGAGAGCUGCUGCAGCUGCUGGAGCUGCUGACCCCCCCCACUCCAGUCCCCAUUCCCGUGGCUUCCCCUUCUGGGGGCCGGGCCCCCCCUCGCUUAGUGGGUGCAGCAGCAGCAGCAGCAGAAGCAGCAGCAGCAGCAGCUGCUGCUGCUGCUGACGCAGCACCUGCUGAGCUGCUCAUAGAAACUGGCGGCAAGGUAAGGGCUGGCAGCAGCGUCAGCUUCGGGGCCUGUAGAACUCGAGCCAAAACUACGCGCCGCAGCGUGAGGCCUGGCCCCAGCUAG